UUUGAAAUUUAGCAGGACGUGUGAAUCUCGCCAAUUUUGCCGUAGUAGUUCGUUCAGCUGAGUAAUGCUUGUGGAACUUUAUAGAUCUGUGGAUUAGUUGGAACAGAACAGUAGAUUGGUGACUGGCAUAUAUCUAGGCAAAUUAAUGGAAGUUCUUCUUUUUUAAUUCACUUUCAAUAAGAAACAAGUUAAGCUGAUAGCUUAUGCAUUGAAUUGCCGUUGAGAGGAUUACCGGUGCUUAUUGGUCAAACGAGAAAACUUCAGCGGCAAGCAACACAAUGAGGACGUUUGAGCCCUUGCUUUCGUGUUUCUUUUUGUGCUUCUCGCUGUCCUUAGGUACAAUUUAUACAAAAAAGGAUAGCCAGAGUGAUGCAGUUCAUGGCGUGAUUAAGAAUUACCUCGAUAAACAACUGCGAGUUUUCACUGGAAUUCCUUAUGCACAGCCACCGAAGGGAAAGCUUCGUUUCCUCAAGCCUCAACCUCUAAGGCCGUCUGGAAACCUACGCCUCGCCAACCAUGCAGCUCCAUCAUGCAUGCAGUCCACACCGCAGAUUACUGACUCAGUCCCUCAACAAGAACCAGUGAACGCUAAUCAAUCUUCUCUCACAUCACGUUUGCCGGAUGUAAAUUCAUCCAGCGUGCCAACAGGAAAUUUGCCCGCGCCUUCCAGUGAAAGCCCCGGUGGUCCAUACUUCCCAGAACUGCCUGAUAUAAACGCCACUUUUUCAGAAGAUUGCCUAUAUCUGAAUAUUUGGACACCAUUUCUCGGCGCACGAACUCGAACCCUGAAAGCCGUGCUAAUCUUCAUUCACGGAGGAGGUUUUCGAAUGGGCAGUGCGUCUGUUGACACUUACGAUGGGGGUGUCCUUUCAGCCUAUGGCGACAUUGUCGUGGUAUCUUUCAACUAUAGACUAGGAGCGUUUGGAUUUUUGCAGCUAAAUUCGAAGGUGUCCGGAAAUAUGGGACUAUACGAUCAGGUCCGUGCUUUGGAAUGGGUCCAACAUAACGUAGAAUAUUUCGGGGGCGAUCCUCAACGAGUAACUGUUAUGGGACACGAAGCUGGGGCAGUGUCUCUCGGAAUGCUUCUGUUAUCGCCUCUUUGCAAGGGGCUUCUUCAACAAGCUGUGCUACUUAGCGGUGCUCCGAACUGGCUUGUUGACCCAAUGGAUAAUGAAGACUCGGUGAUGAAGGCGAGAAAAUUGGCGCGUGCUGCCGGAUGUCACUCUCGGUCACGCCACCCUGGACGCGAAGCUCAACAGCUAGGCCAAUGCCUCCUCAAGGUCGAUGCGGCGCGCCUCGUUAAGGCCGAAGCACAGGUAUUGAAUGGCAGCUACUAUAGCUUUAUGCCUCGUCAGAGAGAUAUGAUUAUCCCUAUGGAUCCGGUUGUUGCAGUAGCCAAGGGGCAUGUCCUUCCCGUUGAUGUCCUUGUUGGUUUCACUGAGAAUGAAGGUUUCAUGCAGGCAUACAAACUUUUCCCCACGCUGUUCAACUUCGAGCGACCUGUUAACCUCUCAUUACAGGAUGCCGAAGAUAUCCUCAUGCAGGCGGUCGAACUAUUUCCGGCCACGGCUAAGGACUACAUGAAAGAAAUGUAUUUUGGAAGACUAAGUACUUCGUCGUCGCCAGACGAUAUUCGCGAUGGACUGGCACAGGCCUUCGGAGAUAUCUUUGUCACCUGUCCUGCGCGAAUAUUUGCAGAGUCCUACGGAGAUCGGCCUAUGAAUGCAUUCCUGUACAAAUUCACGCAUCGGCCAUUGUUCUCGACUAAUCCUCCUUCCGCACGUGUGACGUCCUUCGAUGAUGUGCCAUAUAUUUUUGGUGAACCAUUACGAUACCCAGAACGUUUUUCCCUUGAAGAUAUUUCAAUCACCAAGAUGAUGAUGAACCUUAUCACGAGUUUCGUUAAAACAGGAAAUCCGGAACCUGUGAAGGACUACAUUGUGCCAAAGUUCGAAUCCCCAGAUCUACGGUAUGUUGAUCUGGGUAGCGGUGGCGUCGUUGAACGGAAAUAUCCUAGCCGCAGGUGUGACUUUUGGAAAAAAUUCUACCCGAAGAACACGUAGCGACUAAAGCAACGAAGGCCAUUUUCCAUUAUCGCUAAGGCGGCUAGAUAAUCAAUUUCAAUAAAAAAAAUAAUUAAAUAUUUAAUAACUGAGAACAUUUUAUCAUCAGAGAUGAACGAAGACAGAAAGAAAAACGACUUUGACUCACCAUUUGCCUAUUAAAUUGAACUAAAAAGUAAAAAAUCAUCAGCUUAAAAAUAUCUUUGUGUCACCAUCUUUUUUCUGGACCAUGUGCCCUAAGGUGGUUUGAAAUUCAGCCAAUCCAAUUUUGCUGUUGUUUUUUUUCUACAAAAGUAAAUUAAAAGGAUUUUACUGAUGUACUUGGUCACAUGUUCGGAACUUUAUUACUUUUUUGAAAAAAAAACUUUACAUGAAAUUUUUAAGGACAAACAAAAGAUUUUAUAUUGCUGAUUCAGUCAUUUGCGCAGAGACAUUUUUCUUUAAAGAACGAGGCAGCUCAGCCUCGCUAAGAGAUAAGACCUCUUUAAAAUGAAAAAGUUUGCCUGAUCUGAAAUACACACGCUACAGCGUUUGCCCCAUGUAACUGAAGGACUGCGAAAAAUGGGUUGAUCAGAGAAAACGGAUGAAGCGUUGAAGUAGCCAAAAGCCAGCCUCCGAGUAUCACGAGAAAGACCAUUUUUUUUACUAUUUACCAAGCUGCCCUGAUGUCUAUAAAUAGCAACCGAUUAUUGCUUUAUUUAAGGGGAAGCGAUUGCAAUAGAAAUAACAUUACGAACGGUUCGAAUGUUCAUGUAAUAUAUAUAGAUAGUACGCUAAGAGUUAAUACGUGUGAAGGGAUCCGCAGAAGAAUUUUGCGAGAAUAAGCGACAAAAGAAGUCUCUCUCUUAAAGGAUGUAGCCCUUAUCCAGACACCGUGAGUGGCGUUCAUAAAGCUACCUAUAUGUAUAUGGGCGUAUUUGUUAAGUAUUGAUCGACCAACUAAGUAAUAAAUAUUUGG